AUGGAAUAUUCACGUGUUCAAUUGAAUGAUUUAUCCGAUGAAAUUCUUAUGAUUAUUUUGAAAAAAUUGUCUAAUGUCCAGGUGCUUUAUUCUUUAAUAGGUGUUAAUAAACGAUUAAAUAAAAUAGUAUAUGAUUCUAUUUUUACGAAUUGUUUGACUUUAAUGGUAUCUUUCUUGAAUCAUUGUAUUUUUCCAUUAUCUGAACCAAUACUUGAUCGAUUUUGUUUACAAAUCUUACCUAAAAUUCAUAAUAAAAUCGAAUGGCUUGAUCUUGAAGCAUUUUCAAUGGAACGUAUUCUUCGUGCUACAAAUUAUCCUAAUUUAUAUGGAUUUAGUUUAUAUAACAUUCAACAAGAAAUAGCUAUGCAUCUUUUUAAUGAUGAAUGUCCUUUUACUCGUACGUUUAAAAAUCAAAUUUUAUCACUUGCUAUCAGUAUUAAUGCAAAUGAAGAACAAAGUUCAAGAAAAGAUAUAAAUGCACGUAUAUUUAUGCGUAUCAUUAAUACGUUCAGUUAUCUACGAUUUUUAAAUUUUUGUCCAUCUUUAAAUUGGUGUCAAGAAUUAUCAUUUGAUAAUUCAUUUCCAAUUGUUUUCUCUUCAACUCUCUUAAAAUUAUAUGUUUGUCUACAUCAUUUUACCGAUUGUCUUUAUUUACUUGAUGGACGUUUCAAUCAACUUCGUAUACUUUAUGUUACUAUUAAUAUUAUUUCAUCUUCGAAUUUAAUAAUUAAUAAUCAAUUGAAACUGCCCAAUUUAAGAUCUUUUUCGUUGUAUUGUCAUAGGAAAACAGGUGCUUAUGAUGAAUUAAUUGUACCACUUCUACAUCGAAUGUCCGAUUUAGAAGAACUGGAUUUAUGUCUUAUAGUUUCAAGAAAAAAAAUAUUUAUUGAUGGUAAUGAUUUGAAAACAAAUAUUAUUAAUAAUAUGACACUAUUAAAUAAAUUUACAUUUAAUAUUCGUUCAUUAAGUCGUUUUUAUAAUCAAAUUAAUUUUCCAUCAAAUAAAGAUAUUCAACAUACAUUUGAUGGAUUUAAAGAUAAUCAAAUUAUUUCUUGUAUUGAUUAUUUUCAAAAAAGAAAUUAUGGUCAAUGUCAUAUGUAUUCAUAUCCAUAUAAAUUGAAAUAUUAUGAUAAUAUAACAAAUAAUUUUCCAGGUGGAAUAUUUAAAUGUGUUCGUACAAUAUCAUUAUUUGAUGAACGUCCUUUUGAACAUGAAUUUUUUCUUCAAAUUUCUCAAUCAUUCCCAUUGAUAGAAAAAUUAACUUUAAUUAAUAAGAAACCACAAAUUAACAAAUUUAAUGAACAAUCAAAAGAUGACAAUCGACCUUUGUUGAUAGUGAUUCAAUAUCCUCAUCUUUUUGAACUUAACCUUAUAAAAACUCACGAAGAUUAUCUUGAACAAUUUUUACUUGAUACUAAAAUGUGUUUACCAAAUAGUAUUUUUCUUCAUAUAAAUUAUCAAUUAUUGAAAGAAGUAACACACAAUUUUACAAGAAAUUCAACACGAAACAAUUGUGCAAAAAUUAGGGUAAUAUUUCUUUAUAAUACAUUAGGAUUUCCUGAACAUUUAAAAGACUAUUUUCCUCAUGCAAAAAUAUGUUCAUUAUAA